AUGAAUAAAUCUAACUUUCUGACAAGUUAUUUAUCCAAUCUAAGAAGAUUUAUUAAUAUAUUUAAGAGAUAAAUAAUAUUAUUUUAAUUAUGGGAUAAGAAAGCUGAUCUAUCAAAAUCCUUUUCUCAAAGCAGCCUAAUUCCGAUAAGAAGACAUACAAAAUCUCGAUCAGACACUAUAGCAUCAACGCCAUCUUCAAUUCUUUCCAAAAAAUUCGCAACUCCAAGCCCAAAAAAGACAAGCCUCUCAAAACAGAACACAGUCUCCAAAUUUACUCUUCCAGCAAUCAGCAUCCACAGAAACCCGCUAAGUCUCUACUCUUCAGAAGAGCUGACCCAUGUUAUCAAGUCAACAUGAAAACCUUCUAUCUUACUUACUUAUUUGCUUAGGUGUUUUAAAGUGUCUUCCCUCUUCCGCAGGAUGAUUUAGGCAUGCAUAAGCCCAUCCUUUUAACUCCCAACUGGUGACGUCAGCAGCGAUCCUCCCUAUAUGUAGGCAUUCCAGAAGACUUCACCCAUCAGGCCAGAAGGUCCGCACUGGCCGCGUUGCCUCGCCCGAACUUGACUCCUGCGCGUGUUCCGCCUAAGGGUCACCCUCCUCGGGUGUGUCAAGCAGAAAAACCAUAUGUCUCCUAAUAUCCUGGACCAAAAAAAAUACCCUAUGCGGUAUUCCAUAUUGGCGUUGCGGAUAAAGGUCCACGUGGAAAACUGAACCCUAUAAUAAUAAAAGCGAAGGAAGGAAGGAAUAGUUCUCGGAGAGAACUAAUUCCGCACUGAGCAAUUUUAUUAUUAUUGAAAAUCUUCUAUCAAGCCUAGACUUCAUGACUGAUCUUUCAAGCUUUCUCAGCCAAAGACUGUUAGUAUAAACCAAAUGGAAAAAUAUCUAAUUAACAAUCAAAGCAAGUUUUCGAAAACUGGCAGCCAAUUUCAGAUGAUGCAAAUUCACUAG